CACUCGCCAGCGUCAGCCAUGUUGUUGGUGUGACACACUGAACUGUCAGCAACAGGUCCUGCUCAGAUCAAGUGCCGCAGCUAAACUUUAACAUUUCCACAGCAUUUCACUGCUUUGUGAAGGUCACCAAACAUAUAACGCGGUUCCUGGAAACCUUCCAUGAGUGGCGUGGAGGAACUUAAGGGCCCUCGAAAGCUCAGAAGUGGAUAUAUUUUUGGCCGCGGUCAUUGAGCUGCAGUACUGACUGACUGGCCUGUGACUGUGUGUUUUGCAGAUGGCUGCGAGCAGUAGCUGAGAUCACCACCAGGAGUUUCCCCUCUGUCUUUCUCUACCACCUGCAAAUAUGAAUGGUGGUCAGAGUAUUUGGGCAGUCACUCCAGAGGAGAGGAACAAACAUGAUCAGAAGUUUGACACCCUUUCCCCAUCAAUGGGCUAUGUCUCAGGGGAACAGGCGAAGAAGUUUUUCCUCCAGUCAGGGCUGCCUCCCUCAGUUUUGGCUGAGAUAUGGACAUUGGCUGAUAUGAAUAAAGAUGGGAAGAUGGACAGACUGGAGUUUUCCAUAGCUAUGAAGCUCAUUAAGCUAAAACUCCAGGGAACACCACUCCCCUCAGCUCUGCCAAUCAUCUUGAAACAGCCACCUGUGCCUGUUCACAGCCUCAUUAACCCAACCUCAACCAUGACAAGCUCGCCCUAUGGUAUUGGUUCUGUGCCUAGCAUGUCUAUGAUGUCUGGGACAAACUUCUCCAUGUUGACCCCUAUCUCCAUGGCAACCCCUGGACUCUCACCAAUGACAGGCCCCACCACUUUGGUUCCUGUAGCCUCAGGUCUGAGCCCUCUACUAGUCUCCACCGCCAGGCCCCUGAUGCCCACUAUGGGAAACCCUUCACUGGCAAACGGCACCAUAGGAUUUCUGCAACCCAUCCCAGCUGGAAUGUCCUUAUCUCCGGCUUCAUCAUUGCUGGACCUGGGAUCUAGCAGCUCUGCCUCCUCAUCCCCCUCUAUGAUGUCACCCAUGGUUGGUGUUCCCAGCGACUGGGCUGUGCCACAUGCCUCCAGACUGAAAUACAGACAGCUGUUCAAUGGCCUGGAUAAACAGAUGACUGGAUACCUCACUGGCCAGCAGGUGAGAGGUGCCAUGGCCGCCACAAUGCUGACUCAGACACAGCUGGCCUCAAUCUGGACUUUAGCAGAUGUGGAUAAGGAUGGUAAGCUGAAAGCUGAGGAGUUCAUUCUGGCAAUGCAUUUGGUUGACUUGGCGAAGAGUGGGCUGCCACUGCCACUAACACUGCCAAGUGAGCUGGUACCACCCUCACUAAGGGGUGCCGUCAAUGGAUCCAGCUCUUCUCUCUAUGCAUCUCUGACUGAUGACUUUGACGUUGAACCUCCACAGAAAACCAGGACUAACCUGUCGUUUGAGGACAAAUUCAAAGCCAAUCUGGAGCGAGGUAACGCAGAACUGGAGAAAAGACGACUGGCGUUGAAGGAGGCGGAGAAGAGGGAGCUGGAGCGGCGUGCACAAAAGGCGAGAGAGGAGCGAGAACAGAGAGAGAGGGAGGCCCGAGAGGCCGAGGAGAGGAGGAGGAAAGAAGAGGAGAGGAGGCUAGAGCGACAGCGGGAGCUCGAGAGGCAGAAGGAAGAAGAGCGACAGAGAGAGAUAGAGAGAAAAGAGGCUGCACAGCGGGAGCUUGAGCGCCAGAGGAAGGAGGAGUGGGAGAGGAGGAGACGAGGAGAGCUCCAGAUAAAGAAGGAGCAGGAGCGGGAUGAUAUCGUCCAACUGAAAGCUAAGAAGAGGAGUCUGGAGAUGGAACUGGAGGCCGUGGGUAACAAGCAUCGUCAGAUCUCAGACCGGCUGCGUGAUAUUCAUAAUAAGAAGAAGCAUCAGAAGACGGAGCUGGAUCUGGUCAAUCAAAGGAAAGAGACCCGUCAACAAGAUAUUAACAACUUGCACAAACAAUAUGAGGAGUCCCAGAGGAAGUUCUCUCAGCUGACUCCAGAGAAGAACAGACUCUCGGAGAAACUCAAAAACAUGUCACUGAAUAACUUACCUGUGUCCACCAUGUCCCCGCUGACGGUGACACUUUCAGAGAAAAGAGGGACGUGUAUGAAACUGCAGGAGAAGCUGGGAGCUCUGGAGAAAGAGACUGCUGCCAAACUGGCUGAGAUGGACCAGUAUAACAAAAACAUGCAGGAUCUAAGAGAGGGCCACACAAAGCAACUGGCAGCAUUAGACAAACUUCGAAGCAUCAAAGAGGAAAAACGGCGUGAAUUGAUUCAAAGAAAGGAGCAAGAAGAGGAGAAGAAGCAACAGGAGGAAAUGAGACGGAAGGAGGAGGAGGAAGCUCAAAGACGUAUCAUGAUGGAAAAGGAGCGUCAGUGGCAGGAGAAGCUGAGGAGGGAUGAGGAGGAGCAUCAGAGGAGGCUCCAGGAAGAGAGAGAAGCGAAAAAGAGGGAGGAAGAGGAGAAAGAGAGGCAAGCUCUUAUCCAGGCUGCAAAGGAGCAGGCCGAAAGAGAGCUCAGAGCAAAAGAGGAGGCAGAGAGGAAGAGAAGAGAGGAAGAGGAGCGUCUGAGGCUGGUGGAGAAACGGAGGCAGGAGGAUGAGAGGAGAAGGCUGGAGGAGGAAAGAAGACAGCUAGAGGAAGAGAGGAGGAAAUUGGAGGAAGAGCGUAGGAAAGAAGAGAAAAGGAAGAAAGACGAAGAGGAGCAACGUAAAAGAGAAGAUGAGCGGAGGAGGUUAGAGGAGGAGAGGAGACAGCUGGAGGAAGAGAGGAGGAAACUGGAGGAGGAGCGCAGGAAAGAGGAGAAAAGGAAGAAAGAACAAGAGGAGCAUCGCAAGAGAGAGGAAGAGAGGAAGAGGUUAGAGGAGGGGAGGAGAGAGGAGCAGCGCAUGAGGGAGAAGGAGGAGGAAGAGAGGAGGAGACAGAGGGCGGCUGAGGCCGCCAUCCGAGAUACAGAGGAGAGGAGAAAGCAAGAGGAGGACGAAAGGAGGAAGAGGGACCAGGAGAGGAGGAAGCAUGAGGAGGAAAGGAUGGAAGAGGAGAGGAAGAAGAAGAAGGAGGAAGAGGAUAGGAGGAAAGCUGAGGAGGAGAGAAAGAGGAAAGAGGAGGCAUCUCGUCAGCAGCCGCAGCCGAGUGGAGGAGGGAAGGUGGAUAUUCAGGAAAAACUGACGGCUCUGCUAAAAGGGCUGGAGGAGAGGAAAGGUGGUCAACCUAGAGUCAAACACCACAGGAAGUCGGCUGCUCUCACUUCCUUCAAAGCACUCUACCCCUUCACUGCACGCAACAAUGAGGAGCUCACUUUCAAUGCAGAUGAUAUGAUUGAGGUUGAUGAGACGGCAGAGCGGGAGGAAGGCUGGCUGUAUGGCAGCAAACAAGGGAAGAUGGGUUGGUUUCCAGAGAGCUAUGUCGAGAAAGUGGCCCCAUCUUCUAAUAAUGCUCCUGCUCCUGUUCCUGCUGCUACUGCUGCUGCGGCUCCUCCUCCGACUCCAGCUAAAGUGCUACUCCAGUCACAGCUUUCCAAUGCUCUUGAGGCUGCAAAGGUCGCAGGCACCAAGUCUGCUUUCACACCAACACACUCUCCAAACCUUGCACCCUUAGAGACGCACGGACAGCAGGUGGUGGGGAACCUGCUCGCUCAGGCCCUGUGUUCGUGGACGGCAAAGACGGACAACCAUCUGAACUUCAACAAGGAUGAUGUGAUUCAGGUGCUGGAGCAGCAGGAGAACUGGUGGCUGGGAGAACUGAACAGUGAAAGGGGGUGGUUCCCCAAGACAUAUGUUACACUGUUGGGAGACGAGGAGAGUUCUGACAUGAAGAGCUCCCCUCCUAAUGCAGAGUCAAGUGACAGCCAGCAGCUUGAAGAAUUUGUGGCACUGUAUACCUAUGAGUCUCCAGAACCCGGUGAUUUGACGUUCGGAGAAGGAGAUCUGAUCUUGGUGAGCAAGAGAGAUGGAGAGUGGUGGAGUGGCUCUAUCGGUGACCGGACUGGCCUGUUCCCCAGUAACUAUGUCAAACCUAAAGAGGCAGAUACGGCGAGCAUGUCAGGAAAGAAGAAGCAAGAAGUCUGCCAGGUUGUUAGAGCCUACUCGUCUACUGGCAACGGGCAGCUUAAUCUGGAAAAUGGUCAACUCAUCCUCAUCCUUGGCAAGAACGCCUCUGGGUGGUGGCUCGGAGAACUGCAGGCCAGAGGUAAAAAGCGACAGAAAGGCUGGUUCCCUGCUGCUCAUGUCAAAAUGUUGGGACCCAACAGUGGCAAGUCCACGCCAGCACCUCAGCCAGUCUGUCAGGUGAUCGCCAUAUAUGACUACGCCGCUGCCAAUGAGGAUGAAAUGAGCUUCUCCAAAGGUCAGCUGAUCAACGUUUUUGACAAGAAUGACCCUGACUGGUGGAAAGGAGAGAUCAAUGGGGUUACUGGCCUGUUCCCCACCAACUAUAUUAAGAUGACCACGGCGGACUGUGACCCCAGCCAGCAAUGGUGUGCAGACCUGAACAGCCUGGACUCCAUGAGCCCGCUGGAGAAGAAGCGACAGGGUUACAUCCAUGAGCUGAUAGAGACUGAGGAGAGAUACGUGGAAGAUUUGAGCGUCGUGCUGGAGGUUUUCUACAGGCCCAUGUCGGAGUCGGGUCGGCUGAGCAAUGCAGAGAUGGUCAUGAUCUUUGUCAACUGGAAAGAACUGCUGGCCUGCAACACCAAAUUUCUCAAGGCACUGCGUGAUCGUAAGAAGAUGGGUGGCGAGAAAAUGCCAGUGCAGAAGAUUGGUGACAUCCUGGCUGCAGAGCUGUCUCACAUGCAGCCUUACAUUCGAUUCUGCUCCUGCCAGAUCGACGGCGCUGCGCUGCUCCAGAGCCGCACUGACAAUGAGCCGGACUUCAAGACCUUCCUCAAGAAAAUCGCCACAGACUACAGGUGUAAGGGAAUGCCACUGUCCAGCUUCCUGCUGAAACCCAUGCAGAGGAUCACACGAUACCCAUUGCACAUCAAAAACAUCCUGGAGUGCACUGCAGAGGGCCAUGCUGAUCGGGAUCCUCUGAGAGAAGCUCUGGAGAGGGCAGAGGAACUCUGCCAACAGGUGAACGAGGGUGUAAGGGAGAAAGAGAACUCAGACAGACUGGAGUGGAUUCAGAGCCACGUGCAGAGUGAUGGCACCACUGAGCACCUGGUCUUUAACUCUCUAACCAACUGCUUAGGCCCCAGGAAACUGCUCCACAGUGGGAAGAUGUACAAGGUAAAGAGUAACAAGGAAUUGUGGGCUUUCCUCUUCAAUGACUUCCUGCUCCUGACUUAUGCAGCGAAACAGUUCACCUCUUCUGGGCCUGAUAAACUGUUCAGCAAAAAGAACAACGUCCAACUCAAGAUAUACAAACCACCUGUGCUGUUGAAUGAAGUCCUGGUGAAGCUGCCAGAUCCUUCCAGUGACGAGCCCUCUUUCCAUAUCUCGCACAUCGACAGAGUCUACAUACUCAGGACUGAAAACAUCAAUGAACGUACGUCGUGGGUCCAGAAGAUCAAGGUUGCAUCAGAGGAAUUUCUUGAGACUGAGAAGAAAAAAAGGGAAAGGGUUUAUCAGGGUCGAUCAGUUAAGUCCAGUGGAAUUGGGAGGCUCCUUGUCACCAUCUUAGAAGCCACUGAGCUCAAGGCAGGAAAACCCAACGGUAAAAGUAACCCUUACUGUGAAGUGACCAUGGGAGCUCAGAUCUUCACGUCCAGGACACUCAACGACACGCUGAACCCUAAGUGGAACUUCAACUGCCAGUUUCACAUCAAAGACAUCUACCAGGACGUUCUCUCUAUCGCCAUCUUUGAAAGAGACCAGUUUUCACCCGAUGUCUUCCUUGGUCGGACAGAGGUUCCCGUGGCGACGAUAAAAAAGGAGUUGGAGAACAAGGGGCCGGUGACUCGGCGUCUUCUGCUGCACGAGGUUCCCACAGGGGAAGUGUGGGUCCGUCUCGACCUACAGCACUUUGCCAGCAAAUAGUCAACGGCGUCCAUCCAUCGUGUUUAUACAAAUGAGGCGAAUCAACCAAAUAAGAGAAGCUGCUUCUUUUUUUCUUUUUUUUUCCACAGACACAAACUCACACAGAGGCCUUAAUACUUUAAUAUAAACCAGCACUAAUAAUGAUACCUCUUCUUAUCCCACCUGUGUUUUUUCAUCCCAAUUAUGGCGUCAGACGGAAAGGGAAGCUCAGUCAGUUUGCACCUUUUACAGUAAUUAGAGCAUCUAAAGUCUGUGUCUGUCAUACUUAAUGUCCUUCAGAGGAAGCUAGGAAUAUUAACUAAGCAAUAAAACUGUAAAUAUGAAGCUCCCUCUUCUUACGGACUCGCUGAAACAGGUCGCUCUGUGAAGCUUAAAGCAACUAGUGUUCUUCAUGAUGUGUAAAUGUUGAAGAUGCAUAUAUUUUUAAUGAGAAUGUCGUGACCUAGUUGGUCCUAAGCUGUCUGGUCUCGGUAACAUUAGGGGGCGUCAGUAACAGUAGAAGAAGAUGCAGCAGUAAAUGCGUUGGGCGUUGAGUAACGCUGGUCUGGAUUCAGUUGACUACUGUUAGCUGUUAGAUCUCAGGAUGUUUUGCUCUGGGUUGAGUCACUGUAACGAUACUUAUUUUUGUCUGCUGUGUGUGUUUAUUUAAUGUUAAUUCAGACAUGUAAACAUGCUUAACACACGUCCGAGAUACGCAGGCAGUUUGGGUUUUAUUAGAGUGAGAGUGUAUGAGGUGCAGAGUCGGCGUGUCAGAAAACUGGUGCGUGGUUCACACAAUGGUUUAGUGUGAAUGGAGACGGCAGAAAAACACUACUCUAUACUUAGUGUUGAAUCAUUUCCGUUGUUAUUAAUAUUAAUAAAUCAUCAGCUAUUUUCUUGCUCAAUUGUCCUUUUUGUCAGAUGUCGGAAAGUUAUGACGUCCUCAAAUCUUUUUGUCCACAAACUAUAUUAUCGAAACAGUUGGCGUUUUACUUUUAUUGUCGCUAAAUUAAAUGCUGCAUGUUUUCAUAUUCCUGCUCGUAGAAGAACAGAGUCACUAAAGUGGUUUAAUGCUGACUCAGUAUGAGUACCUCAUACACCCCCACUUCACUAAAACCUGAACUAUCCCGUCAAUGCAAAGUCAUCUUAAAACUAAAAUCACAUGUUUUCACUGGGAUGAUGAUCACAAUCACCUGCUUGUGAAGUGUGUCCUUGUUAUUUUUUUUUUAUUGGUUUUUCUUCAGCAAAAGCCAAAUUUCUCUUCAGUGUGUGUGUGUGUGUGUGUGUGUGAGGUGAACAAAUGACGGUGUGACAGCGUUGAUGCUCCUCCAGACUCAUCUGUAUUUUAUGAGGAUGUCAGUAUUUUGAGGCGGCGUCGAUCAGCCAGUUUGUCAGCAAUAAUCAACAGUGUUUCCUCUCAUAUGUUUUUUACCAAGCUUGUUUUGAUGUGUCAUUCUCCUGCCAUCGCCUCACUGACAGCAGCAUGUCUAUCGCCUCAAAGCAUCUGCUCCAUUUUUAAAAAAUAACCCCACCCCAUAAUUAAUCCUGGUAUCAUUAGGAACAGCUUUGCCGUAUUUAGUUUUGGGUGUCUUCUCCUUAGUCUCUGUCCUUCUGUCCCUUCCAUCCAGAAAGUUUUCUUACUCUGUGUGUGCGUCUACUGGUGUUCUGACAAUUAACAAAACUUGUUGUAUUUAUUUCUUAAUUUAUGCGUGUGACUAUCCAAAGGUGUGGAGCAGCUUGGUUUGCUGUAUCCUCUUGGAUAAGCGGUUGGUAUCCACUGGUUUGUUUUGAGUGUGUGUGUGAGGGCAAAUAUUAAAAAUGUACUUUAGUGAGUUUUACUGUAAGUCGACCAGGUCACUAGUCGUUUUGUUUCGUUAGGCCUGUGGUUUUGUGCUCUCGUGUUUUGUUCAUUUGUCCGACUCGAUCUUCGAAUCUCUUUUAAUCUUGUUAAUUUACAUGGGGUUUUUUCUUUCUUUUUUUUAAAUCAUUGAAAAUGUGUCAAGAGACUGGACAACCUUCUUCGUCUUUGAAAGGUUGUUCAAGUCUUUGGUUUUACUUUUAAUAUUUUCUGCAGCCUUCUGCAUGGACUGCUGCUGCUCUGCCUGGAGCCUGUAACCUGCUGUUUGUACUCACUUUGGCCUGUAGAUGGUGCUCUCUGAUUCAGGGUUUCUUAAUUCAUAUUAAAGAAAU